AUGCCACAGCCUGAGCUGAAGGGCUCUGGACGCCUUCCUUCUGCUCGAGCUCUCCCGGGGGACCUCACGGAUAUUUCAGGUUGCAGGAAAAUGUACUGGGGAAAUCAUGUUAGAAUUCUUUUCACUGUGACUCUGGUCUGGCAGGCUGUUCGUUUAGGAAAAGGCCGUGAAAAAGAAGAACGUAAAGAAGACGUGAAAAGUCUCAAUGCCACAGCACAAAAGCAGCAGCUCAAGAACGAAGGGGCCUUUAUAAACGCUCUCAGUGACAUGAAUCAGAGUUAUGAAAGCAGAAAGCARCAGAGUUCCAGGUCAUUCGUACCUUUCACUGGAAUUACAGAGAGUAAAAAACUGAACAGACACUGCUGCCAGAAUGGAGGGACCUGCAUCCUGGGGACUUUCUGUGCCUGCCUAAAGCACUUCACCGGCAGACACUGUGAGCACGAUGAGCGCCAAAGCAAUUGCGGCAGCAUUGCUCACGGCGUCUGGGUGCUGAAGGGCUGCUGGCUYUGUCGAUGCGGCUACGGUACUCUGAACUGUCUCUCAGAAGUAAUGUACAAUAACUGUGAACUGAAAUCGGAAAAGGAGGAAAUUAUCAGACUGUAUUCUAAUGGGUUAAGAUUACAGCAAACAGUGCUUGCAGUCACUUGCCUGCUCACCAUCCUCCUGGAGUUCUGCUAG